AUGUUUGAGGUGAUUAAAAACUGGACUCAAAGCAUUUGCUGCUAUCUUGCAUUAUUCUUCAAUAUUCUACUGAUUUUUCUGAUUUUGCUGAAGUCUCCGAAGAAAAUGGGGACUUAUAAGUAUCUUAUGAUUUAUUUUUGUGUGGUUUCGAUGGUUUUGUCGAUUUUGGAUGUUGUGGUUAAACCGGUGAGUUUGGGGAUCAAUGACAAAUGUCAAGGAUCAGCGCUUAGAUAACCUUGUUGUCUAGGAGCCACACCUAGAGAUUCACUCUGACAAGCAGCUGAGUCUUGAGAGCUUCUUUCCAAGUGGUCAAGCCUACAGAGAGAUUAGGUCUCAAGUAGCCGCGCCUAGAGAACCUUGUUGUCUAGGAGCCACGCCUAGAGAUUCACUCUGACAAGCAGCCGAGUCUUGAUAGCUUCUUUCGAAGUGGGCAAGCCUACAAAGAGGUUAGGUCUCAAGUAGCCGCGCCUAGAGAACCUUAUUGUCUAGGAGCCACACCUAGAGAUUCACUCUGACAAGCAGACGAGUCUUGAGAGCUUCUUUCAAAGUGGUCAAGCCUACAGAGCGGUUAGUAGCCGCGCCUAGAUAACCUUAUUGUCUAGGAUCCAGACCUAAAGAUUAAAGGGGUUGUCUUUCCACAAGGCAAGAUAUGCUAAAUCGCUUGGGCUAAAGUGCUUCUUGGACGUUCCGUGUUCACAAUCAGAAAUUUUUACUGUAAUAAGCAAAGGUUUUUUGUGUGUAAUUGUGCGUCGCGGUGUAUGUGUGUACCGCGCUUUUCAACUUUUUGAAUUUUUUCUGCAAGUUUUUCAAAAAAAUCUUCCAGUAUGUCGUGAACAUUCAAUCAUCCUUCAUCAUAUUCAUGAAAAACAGUGAAACCGGUUUCAAUAAUUUCACAAAUAAAAUUCUCCUGAGCUGCACAAGUGGCUGUUAUGCAAUUAUCCUAUCCUCAAUCGCAAUUCAUUUCAUUUUCCGAUUUUUCGCGAUUGAAAGAAAAGGCAAAUUGAAAUAUUUCAAGGGUUAUUUCCUUAUUUUCUGGUCGCUAAUUCCAAUCGCAACUGGAAUCCUCUGGGUCGCAUCGAUCUCAUUGCUCCUUGCUCCAACCGAGCACUUGAAAGAGAAUAUAGCUCCGGAUAUUUUUCGCGAUUAUAAUGUCACAAGUUUGGGAGAGAUUACUGUGCUUGGAUCUGAUUGGUAUUAUAAUUUUAAUGGUACAAGGGUUAUGAAUUAUCAAACAAUUCAAAGUGCCCCGAUUUUUGUGACAAUAAUUGUAAGAUCUAUUGCGCUCCACCGAAAUAAACACGCAACGCAGACCGCGUCGCACCAAAACACACACAUAAGGGAACGAUUCAAAUUCCCUCCCUUUUUUGUGGGUUGUGGCGCGGCGCGGCGCGGCGCGGUCUGCGUUGCGUGUUUAUUUCGGUGGAGCGCGAAAAAAUCCUUUCAGUUCAUCUCACUAUUCACAGUCUUCUAUUUCGGCACAAAAAUCUACUUUCUCAUCCAAAAAUUAAUCUACGAUGGGGAAUCCAACUAUACAAAAAACCUCCAGCGUCAACUAUAUAAGUCACUUGUUGUUCAGACUUGUAUUCCCCUUUUCCUUCUCUAUAUUCCAGUCUCGUUCUAUUUGAUUCUUCCAGUUUUCUUUGAAAACGUCGAGAUUUUUGGGUUGGUGUCGAAUUUGUUAUACGCAAUUUAUCCCGUAUUGGAUCCACUUCCCAUCAUUUUCAUAAUUGAUGAUUAUCGAUUGGCGGUUUUUGAUUUUCUUGGAAUUAAGAGGAAUAAUAAGGUGGAUGUUGAGGAGAAGGAACGAAAUGAUACAAGCGUUGAGACGUAA